CUGCAACUAUUCCAUUUGGAAGAUCUGGUAAGAAGUGAAUAGAUGGAUCCGGUUUGCCAUCCUAACAUAAUAUAUAAUUCUGAUCAAUAUGCCCCAAAUAAAAUGUCUACCUUUGGAAGAGUAUCAACAACUUCGUUUAGAUUUAGAUCGAAUCCGCCGAGAAACUGCAAGUCUUCAUCAGAAAUUAUGUCAUGCUAGAAGAAAUUUAGAGGAGGAAAAACGUAAACGUCGAACGAUUGAGCAUCAUAAAAACUUGCUGGAAAGUCAAAUCAACAUGGCUAAAAAGGUGUUAUUUCAUGACAGAGAAAUAAAUUUGAACGAAGAUAUAAAAAAAAAGCUAGAAUUUCUUAAUAAACCUGAAAUCGAAUUUAAAAAUAAUAAUUUAACUGUCCAAGACAAAUGGAGUGAUAGACAUCUGACUACAAUAGCGGAAACAGAUUCUACAGGUUCGAUAUUAAGUGACUUAAAUUGUUUAUCCAAGUCAGAAGAUGAUUUGGAUACCGAUACUAUCAUAAAGGUUCAGAGAGAAAAAAAGUGGAAAGAGUAUAAACCUAAUGGUGAAUAUUCUAUGAAUAAACGGUGUGACACAUUAGAUAAAAUUGUAGAAUUUAAUUCGUCAGAUGGAGUAACAGCGAAAAUUAAAGCUAUUAAGGCAAAAGAUAAUGCACACUCUGUACCUGUCACAACUCAAAUUGCAUCUAACAAAGAAAAUAUUGAUUCUAAAUCAUCCAAGGUCCAAGUGUCUUCUGCUAAUCAUAGCUUUAUAUCAAAGAUAGUUAUUAAACCGGAAACAUGUACUCCAUGUGGUAAAAGAAUCAGGUUUGGAAAGAUAGCACUGAAAUGUAGAGAUUGUCCUAUUACAUGUCACACAGAAUGCAAGAUUCAAGUUACUUUAGUUCCAUGCGAACGUGGAAAAUCAGCAAUGUUAUUUGGUGGAUCUGUAAGUACUGCACGAAAUAAUGGUUGCGUUCAGCAGACUCAACAGUUUUGCAACCGUUUUAUGAUUCUUCGCUGAGAUAGGACUAUUCCAGACUAUUCCUUUAAGGCCAUCA